AUGCUCUCCCUCUCGAUCCCCCGUGUCGCGCUCCGCGCCGCUGCCCCGUCGCGCCAGCUCGCCGCCGCUGCCGGCGCCAGCUCGGUCCGCUUCGCCAGCACCAAGUCGCUCAAGGACGCCGUCGCCGAGAUUGUCCCCGAGAAGCAGGAGCAGCUCAAGAAGCUCAAGGCCGACUACGCCGAUGCCUCGCUCGGCGAGAUCAAGGUCAGCAACCUCCUCGGCGGCAUGCGCGGCCUCAAGGUCAUGCUCUGGGAGGGCUCCGUCCUCGACUCCGAGACCGGAAUCACCUUCCACGGCAAGUCGAUCCCCGACUCGCAGAAGGUCCUCCCCACCGGCAACGACAUCGGCGUCAAGGGCUCCGAGAUCCUCCCCGAGUCGAUGCUCUGGCUCCUCCUGACCGGCAAGGUCCCCACUGCCGAGGAGGUCAAGGGCCUCUCGCAGGAGCUGGCCGCCAAGGGCAAGCUCCCCUCGUACCUUGAGAAGAUCAUUGACAGCUUCCCCAAGACGCUCCACCCCAUGACCCAGUUCGCCAACGCCGUCGCUUCGCUCAACCACGACAGCAAGUUCGCCGCUGCCUACUCCAAGGGCAUCAAGAAGACCGAGUACUGGCAGCCCACCCUCGACGACUCGAUUGACCUGAUCGCCAAGCUGCCCGCCAUCGCUGCCCGCAUCUACUACAACGUCUUUGGACGCGGCGAUGGCAACCAGGCCAUCGACUCUGGCCUCGACCUGAUUGGCAACUACUCGAAGAUGAUUGGCUACGGCGACAACGAGGGUAUGACCGACUACCUCCGCCUCUACAUUGCCAUCCACGGCGACCACGAGGGCGGCAACGUCUCGGCCCACACUGCCCACCUGGUCGGCAGCGCCCUCUCGGACCCCUACCUCUCCUACUCGGCCGCCCUUCUGGGUCUGGCCGGCCCGCUGCACGGCCUGGCCAACCAGGAGGUGCUCGGCUGGGCGCUCAGCAUGCAGGAGGCCGUCGGCGAGAACGCCAGCGACGAGCAGAUCAAGGAGUACCUCUGGAAGACGCUCAAGAGCGGCCGCGUCGUGCCCGGCUACGGCCACGCCGUCCUGCGCCAGCCCGACCCGCGCUUCACUGCCCUCUCCAAGUUCUGCGACACCCGCCCCGAGCUGCGCGACAGCAGCAUCGUCCAGCUGGUCCAGAAGGUCUCGCAGAUCGCCCCCGGCGUCCUCACCGAGCACGGCAAGACCAAGAACCCCUUCCCCAACGUCGACGCCGCCUCGGGCUGCGUCCUGUACCAGUACGGCCUCAAGGAGUUCACCUACUACACGGUCAUCUUCGGCAUCUCGCGUGCCAUUGGUGCCCUGCCCCAGCUGGUGGCCGACCGAUACCUCGGCAUGCCCAUCGAGAGGCCGAAGUCGAUGUCGAUGAACGCCCUCGAGGCCCUGCUCAAGAAGUAA